UUGAUAUUUCCACAUACAAAUAUAGUAGCAUAAAUCAAAUCAAACCAAACCAAACUACUCACUCAUACAUUCUAAUAUUCUAUAUUCUCAUCUCACUUACUUUAAUUAAUUACGAUCGUAGUCUAUUGAUUUCAUCAUCGUCGUCAGUUAAUCAUGUCGAACACUGUUGGUCAGGUUAUCAAUUGUAGAGCUGCGGUUGCAUGGGAGGCUGGGAAGCCUCUGGUGAUGGAAGAAGUAGAGGUGGCGCCUCCACAGGCCGGAGAAGUUCGUCUCAAGAUACUCUUCACCUCCCUUUGCCACACUGAUGUUUACUUCUGGGAAGCUAAGGGUCAGACUCCUUUGUUUCCUCGAAUAUUUGGUCAUGAAGCUGGAGGGAUUGUGGAGAGUGUAGGUGAGGGUGUGACACAUCUUAAACCAGGGGAUCAUGCUCUGCCAGUAUUCACAGGGGAGUGUGGGGAAUGUCCACAUUGUAAGUCAGAGGAAAGCAACAUGUGUGAUCUUCUUAGGAUCAACACUGACAGAGGUGUCAUGCUCAAUGACAACAAAUCUAGAUUCUCUAUUAAGGGACAACCUGUACACCAUUUCGUUGGUACCUCUACAUUUAGCGAGUACACUGUGGUACAUGCUGGAUGUGUUGCAAAGAUCAACCCUGAUGCACCACUUGACAAAGUUUGUAUUCUCAGCUGUGGAAUAUGCACAGGUCUUGGUGCUACCAUCAAUGUUGCAAAACCAAAACCUGGCUCUUCAGUUGCUAUCUUUGGACUUGGAGCUGUUGGCCUUGCUGCUGCUGAAGGGGCAAGGAUCUCUGGUGCAUCAAGAAUCAUUGGAGUUGAUUUAGUUUCCAGCCGAUUUGAAUUAGGUACAAUGCUUUCUUUGUCUCCUAAAUCCUUGAAGUUUUGGAUCAACAUAAUUUCAAUGAAUGUUCUUUUCAUGAUGGUGUUUCUUAUUCUUUUCUUGUUGGCAGCUAAGAAGUUUGGGGUUAAUGAGUUUGUAAACCCAAAAGAGCAUGACAAACCUGUGCAACAGGUAAUUGCCGAAAUGACAAAUGGAGGUGUAGAUCGAGCUAUUGAAUGUACCGGUAGCAUCCAGGCCAUGAUCUCAGCUUUUGAAUGUGUCCAUGAUGGUUGGGGUCUUGCUGUACUAGUUGGAGUGCCAAGUAAAGAUGAUGCAUUCAAAACUCAUCCUAUGAACUUCUUGAAUGAAAGGACACUUAAGGGUACCUUCUAUGGAAACUACAAACCCCGCACCGAUCUUCCUAAUGUUGUAGAGAAGUACAUGAAAGGAGAGCUGGAACUGGAGAAUUUCAUUACACACAGAAUACCAUUUUCAGAGAUUAACAAAGCUUUUGAUUACAUGCUGAAAGGAGAGUCCAUCAGAUGUAUCAUCAAUAUGGAGGAGUAAAACUCUAAAACAAAUAUGUAAUAGUCCCUACUGGGGGACUGAGGUCACUCUCUAGUUGUGUGAAAAUAAAUUUCAUAAAUAAUCCUCUUUGGAUUAUUGAGUUUGUGAGGAUUUGUUAAUUUUGUACGUAAAGAAUUGUGCUGCUGGGAUAUUAUAAUACUAUAUUAUAAGUUAGAUUUUG